GCGGUGGAAGCGGCGCCCCUCGUGCUCACCUGACGUCAGACCGGCCGGCCGCGCGCGGACGGCGGCGCCGCAGACGGCGAGUGCAGUGCUGGCGGGGCCGGUGGGGUGCUGUGUUGCGCUGCAGAGACGCGCCGGGAGCGUGCCCGUGCCGAGCGACACGCCGCCGCGGCGAACGGGGCGGCCGCGGCCGCCGGCGCGCCAUGGAGCCGCAGUACUACAAGGAGCGGAUGGGGUUCGCGCCGCCGGAGAGCCGCGAACGCCACGCCAACGGCGGCCAGGCGCUGUCGCACUACGAGACCAAUGUCGGCUAUGAGGAGAACCUGAGCAAGUUCAAAGAUGAGAGGGACGCCAUUCAGAAGAAGACAUUCACCAAGUGGGUUAACAAGCACUUGAAAAAGUGUAACCGCUCCGUGCGGGACCUCUUCUUCGACCUGCGGGACGGCAAGAGCCUGCUGGGCCUGCUGGAGGUGCUGUCCGGCGAGCGACUGCCGUCACAAAAAGGACAGCUUCGCUUCCACCAGAUUCAGAAUGUGCAAGUCGCGCUGGAUUUCCUUCGGUACCGAAAGAUAAAGCUGGUCAACAUCCGAGCCGAGGACAUCGUUGACGGCAACCCCAAGCUGACGCUGGGCCUCAUCUGGACCAUCAUCCUGCACUUCCAGGUAAGCCGGCAGCCUUCUGACCUGGAGCUGCUGACUGGCCGCAAGACAGCCUCCGAACACAUCUCCGACGUCACACACAGCCCCGGCCGGACGGCCCCGUCCUUCCAUCCUACCACCGACCUGACCACCGACUCGAUCGACUCGUCCAGACGGCGAGCCCGACCCGACCCGGCCUGA